UCACAAAACACACAGCCUUAAAGAACACGCAAAACCGAAAAUAAAAACACACGUCAAGUUAAGCACGAACAGUUCGGUCGCGUAUCGAAUUUUUGUACCGAUUAAGUGAAACAUAAUACACUUGAAACGUAAUAUUAAUAAACUGCGCGCGUUCUAUUUGAAUAAAGACGGUAGAAAUGCAGUGAAAUACAUUUUACCAGUGCAUUAAUUAAUAAAAAAGUCAACAAAAUGGCAAAGGAAAUGAUGAUAGUAUUUGUGUACGACACACAAUGUUGUACAGCUGAAGAGGAUGAUCCCAUAAAUGCUGUGCUGUAUUUCCACCCAGGAUGGGUGUCUGACACUCAAAGACAUGCUCUAGCAGGACAGGUGGUUGGAGCAGCUCAUUGCGUCAAAACGUUGCUAUCUCCGCCGGUUUCAAUCACCCUGCAGAGCGGAAAGUUCAUCAUCAGAGAAUACGGAAGAUACGUAUUGGCGAUAGGCAGCGACCGAAACAUCCCAGAUUGGGUGUUGAAGAAUCGCGCCAACCUCCUGACCUCAAUGAUCAAAGUGUACCACGGCGACCUGCAGUGCUUGGCCCAGCAAAUGGAAGACCAGAAACGGCUCGCCGAGAAACUGUACCAAGUUUUUGAGACUUACCUACCGGUUCUUCAGUACGGGUGCCACAUAUUCCAGAGGGUUCCAAUGCUUAGUCUCCCGAAGAGCGCCACGUCCACUUACAUGGAGUCGAUGCAGAUACUGGAACAUUGUCGCAAAAGUACCGGUGUACUCGGCGGCGUAAUACUUUACAAUAACAAGAUCAUAGCCACACAGCUGCCCCCGGGUCUGACGUCAUACCUCACCGUGGUCGACCCCUACCGGAUAAAGUCCCCAGCUGAGACUCUCGAAACCGAAGCUCCCCUGCCGCUGGGGGCUCAGCUCCUCGUUGUGUACGUCAGGAGGAAGCUGUACGACAACCUCAAGAGACAGACUGAGAAAUUGCAAGAGUUUUAUCAAAACGGAGAAGAUAUUAUUGCCAGGUUCAAAAAGAAUCAAGAGGCGGAACGAGAAAGGCAACGUGAGUUCCCCCAGACGGGAAUGAAGAGAGACAAGUCGUUACUGUUCACGGCCGUCCCGGAGGAAGACCACACAAUGAUCUCUCCGCCGAAUCGAGAAGAGAUCCCCACCGCUGAGCACCGCAAGGCCAGCGUGCCCGACGUGGUCCCGUUCACGAACAAGCCCCGUCCCAGGCCCAACAAGCUCUCGCUGAGCUUCAAGACCCAGCAGUCACUGGACGAAGACGCCAAAGAGAACGAUAAAGUUUUCACGGGACAAACCAGCGUGUGCUCCACGCCGAUGCUGGAGUACAAGCGCCUCCACGGGAACAUGCUCUCCAUCUGCCAGAACCCGGACACGAACUACCAAGAGAAGCCGAUCGAGCCGGACGUGUUGAAGAACAUCGAGAACUGCACGAAGAUCAACUUCGACAACGAGAAGCGCGACAACCAAAUCGUUCUGGACAUGAACUGCAUCGCGGACCACUACAUCAACAAGCCGCAGCCCAUCCGCAAGCCGGCCAGCGUCACGGACAUACAGAGCCUCCCCCAGAGAGCCGCGUCCAAGUUCAAGCUGACAAAGUCCCACAACCCCCCGGACGACGACACCCCGUCUCCGGACGUCGACUCGCUGAAGAGCCAGUGCACCAUGACGAUAACCGAUCCGUCCUUCCCGGUGUUCAGGAACGACGGCGUCGCCAUAUCGGAGUCGCUCUUCAACCAGUACGUGGAACAGUAUUAUUCGAGAAUGAAGCAGGACUCGAAGGAGCCGAACAUGUUUUCGUUCAACACGAAGCUGUGCGAGCAAGACAGGUUCGACGACUUCGAUUCGGAACUGCACAGGUCUCCGCAGAGGACGCCCAAGAAAUUCGCUAAGGAUCCCGCCAAAUCACUCUCCACAGACCAUUCCAGAAGGAAAUCUCUCUCGCUGCCGCUGAAGUCUCUAUCCGAAAGUUCGGACUCUCAAAUCGGCUCUGACUCUGAAGCGACUAGUUUCAAGAAAAAACUCACCGGCGUCCAACUCACUCCCCUGAUGGAGAAACUGAGUCAUCUAGCAUUCUCUGACAAGUCAAGCGGAUACAGCAGCAGAGUCAUGACGCCUUUAGAACUGAGAGAAUUCUCCACUCCGGCCGCAGAGAGGCAGAUCACGUUUUGUGAUAGGCCAAAAACUCAACGCGUCGAGUGUGAUAGCGACGAAGACGACGACCUGGACAUUUUACCGGAGUACAGCUCGCAUGCCGUUAAGUGCGCCCUGUUCGUUAGUGGACUGCAGAACAUGGCGCUGCUGGCGUUACUGGACAUUGAGGCCGCGAAUGAUGCCGAUACUAUCAAUUCACUGUGGGAAACAUCCCUGAACGCGUUGGGCCCUAUCGAACAGAAGUGCAUGGAACCACUCGGAGCGGGCGGCGAGACUUCAGACUACAGCUACCUGCUGUUAGAUCCAGACUGGGGAACUGUCAAUAAGGGAGGUCCCUGGGCAGCAACAGACAUCGCCACUAUGGGCCUCAUACACAAUGACUUCUCCGACGAUCCUGAACUCUCCGAACUAAUACUAAGGAGCGACGAGAGCGUGGUGGUGGGCGCCAGCAGCGGCGGCGCGGAGGUGUACUACUGCGAGCGGGGCCCGCGCGACGCCGGCCCGCCCCCGCCCUCCGACGCGCUGGCGGCCGCCCCGCUGCGGGCGCGGCGCCGCCUGCACCGGGACCACGCCACGCUGCUGCUCUAACGCGCCGCACGUACAAUGCAACUCACACUUUUGCGGUAGGCAGCGGCUUGGCUCUGCCCCUGCUGAAGUCCAUGGGCAACGGUAAACGCUCACCAUCAGGUGGGCCGUGUGCUUGUCUGCCUACAAGGGCAAUAAAAAAAAACGUGAUCUCCAAACAUCACCCUCAUAAGAAAUUGAUAAAACAACUCCCGUCAGCAUUGAGACAAAUGAGUACAUCAUAAGCAGCGUUGUGUCGGGAUCAGACAAUACUUUUAUCACUUCAAAAAUGAAUACGAAUUUAGGUAUUGAAGUAUUAUUCUCUAGGCGUCAUAGAACCUGGGUAAUCACUCGACUGAGUUAAUGGAACCCAUGACCACCAGACCGCUGACACCAUGCUGCACCACUAGAUUAUAAAUCAUACCAACAGUAGUAAAUGCAAAUCAUAAGCAAUAGUGGCCAGAUACAGAGCAAACCAUUAGAAUAAGUUAAAGUUACUAAACACCGUGAUUUACAUAAUCACAUAUAUGAACCCAAUAAAAAAACUCGGGGCCUCCUAUUAACCUUGUAACAUUCUAUACCAACACAACAGUAAUAAUUUAGGGCAGUUGUUUUGUUUACGAUUAUAGCUUUAAAGGCAGGACAUAACGUGCCCACGGUCACAAUCCGCUUCCGUUAAAAUAUUUAUACAAAAUUAUAAAUAUUUUAUAUUGUUCUCAUAUGUCUCGACUGCAUGGAAGAGUAUGCAUGGGUAACUAGCAUUAUCCUCACAGAAUAACUUUGUUAGUCCCGAAAAAAGACAAUUGUGUUUAUUUACUAACGCACUAUGUAGUCAUAGUUUCUUAUUGCGUAUUUAAAUACAUAGCUACGAACAUCACAUCUCCAUGUAAAUCGAAUAUAACUGAAAAAAAUAAUCUGUAUCACAAAGUAAAUAUUCAAACUAGGAGGCCAUGAGUACUUUUUUGUAAAUCUAAAAGGCUAAAAACAUUUAUAGUCUUUGUAUAUUUCGAAUUCUACAAAUGAAUAAAUAAUUAACGACCAGUAAUAGACAGUACAUAACUAUAAUCAAGGUCGGAACGGUAGCAGUCAGUAUUGCCUGUGCAUAUAAUUAGCUAGGCAACGUAAAGUACAUCAAGAAACGGUACUCAAAAAUAUAUACUCUUGCGCUAAACUGGUAUGUACAUAUAUUUAUACGUAAAAGUAGGUAUUUAUAAAAAUAAUUCUCGAUAGCAGCGAAAAAUCAUUAACAUAAUGUCAAAAUUUUAUUACUUUUAAACAAAAAAACAUUUCAAUUUAUGUCCAAUUUAAAUUGUAGGAUGUUAUUUGCAUAAUAGAAGCAGUCAACAUUUUUUUUCCAAAACUCCGAGAAUUAUUUUAAAUUUAGGUGUAUUUUUUAUUUACCUAAUCGCUGGUAGCUUAGGCUGCUACGAUCGGACGGGAUAAGUUAUCAAUUAGUGUAGGUGAAAUAAAGCCAAAAAAUUUACCUUUAAAUUAGCUACUAAUCGUUAUUGUAAAAUUCAAAGAUAGCUUAGGAUAUUUUAGUGAAACUGGUAUUAAUUCAUAAUUUCUCAACUUUAGUCACAAUGCACAUAUUUAUGUAUGUACAUGCAUAUCUCAAUGAGACUCAAUGAUAUUAUCCAGCAUAAUCAAUUACAAACCAAUUCGUUGAAAAAAUGUUCUUUUUACUUCGUGUUUGUACAGUUGAGAAAUUAUCUAGAGUAGAGUAUUUAAUGAAGCAGCUACCAAAUAGGUAGUUAUUUUCAUAUACCUAGUAAAUUAAUGAAAAUGAUCCUUUCUGCACCUUACCAUAGUGCCCGGUUUUAAUGCGUAUUGCAAUUUCAUAUUAGCUUAGUUGGAAGUAAAAAUUCGCCACUAUUUUUUUUUUUUUGUAGAAGCUAUCGUUUUCAUUAAUUUAAGCGUAUUUUGGCUAUGAAGUUUGUACAAAAGGAGUUCUGUACAAAUGUUAUAUUUAAGCUAAUGUUUAUACUUGCCAUUAAGAUAUCAGGUGCCGCCCGUUUCCAAAACUAUUAUCUUCGAUUUCUCCAUUAUUCACUAUUUCGUGGUUUGGAUUUUUUGCAAAAAAAUUAUGUAAAUAUACAUGCUUGAAUCGCGGGCUUCAAUACUUUGACCUUUUUAUAAAUAAAAUAUCCUACCUAUAAGAAAAAGAUUUGAAUAUAAAUUUUUCCAAAUGCCAUUUCAAGAUGUAAAGCGUUUUAAGUAUAUCACGUGUCGGAGCACAGAAAUAUUUAGUGUCAACACGAUCUUUAGAUAAGUAACGCUAUAAGGAAAAUAUCAUAUUGGUUUUAUUCAGACUAAAAUAUAAAUACCGGAUAAUGUUAAUUUCGAAUUAUUUAUUUUUAGAUUUGUUAAGUUUUAUAUGUAGCAAUAUUUUUUUGUUAUUGUAAUCACGACAGUAUUAUUAACCAUUCCAUGUUAUUUGCGCAUUCCAAUAUCACAUCAAGAUUCAAAUUUGGAGUGUAUCCUUUACAAAGAUAUCACCAAAUUUGAGCCUUUUCAAUCAUAUUAGACGUAAAUUUCAUCAGUAUAUUUCAAUGUUAAACACCGAACCGCAGCCCUUUCUGUGAUUUAAUAUAUUAGUAUUUUGUUCUUUAUAUUGUAACUUUCUAGAGACCUAAUGUAGUACUGUUUGCAUUGGACAAAACUAAAUUGGAUUAAUGUUAAGUUAUUAAGCAGAUUUUUACGUCGUUAAUAGUAUUUUUAACAAUAAUAAUGUAAGUGUUAUAGUGAAGAAGCCAUAGUGCCAAUACUUGUGUAUAUGGUGUUAUAAGUAAUUAGAAUAAUUAGGUAUACAUACAUAAUUAUAUAAGAAUUUUAAUAAACUUUUUGACUAGUGCAA